CUCCAUCGUUUAGAGAAGUGAAAACGUGUUGGUUUGCCGGUGAAGAAGAAAGAGAGACAGCGUUCAACCAUCAGAGACUCGAACAUGGACGUCUGCCACAGUUUGAUCUUCUUCGUUCUCACUCUGCAGGAUGGAAACACCGGUCUCGUCAGUGACCAACUCACUGUCUAUUCAGUAACUGAAGGAGCAGAUGUCAGAGUUGAAUGCCCCUUUACUUCUUACAAAAAAAACAGGUUUUUUUGUAAGGAAAAAUGUAAACAAGAAGACAUUCUCAUUGAAACAACUGAUGCCAAAGAUUAUCAGAGAGGCAGAUACAGCAUUGAUCAUAAACAGAAAGAUUUUUUUGUGACCAUCACUCAGCUGACCAAGUCUGACUCAGGAGAGUACAGGUGUGGUUUGGCUGAAUCUUCUUCAAGGACUUCAUACAAGCUUAUUGAAAUCAUUGUUGUGGAUGCAAAACUUGAUGGUGAUCUUUCUGCAGAAAAAAACAUCGAUGCUAGAACUGGAGGAAAUAUUGUAGUUGAAUGCUCCUUUACUCGCUUUGGGACCAAGAGGUUCUUCUGCAAGGAAGAAUGUGAAGGAGACAUUCUUUUUGAAACAACUAGUGACACAUCUACUAAAAAAGGCAGAUACAGCAUCAGACAUGUUGAAGGAGGAUUUGUGUUUGUGAGCAUUGAACAGCUGACCCAGUCUGACUCAGGAUGGUACAGGUGUGGUCUGGACAGACCUGACUCUAAAGAUCCAUACCAGAGGUUUAGGCUCAACGUCACUGAUGCUCUGACCACUUCUCCUAAAACUACAGAGCAAUCUGAAUCAAUAACUGCUACAGGUGUGGUCCUGUAUGUGUUUCUGACUCUGGUCGUCCUGGUCAUCGUGUCAUCACUGUCUGUGCUGGUAUUCUGCAGGAAGAGGACUUGUAAAGCCAAACGUGAGGAACCAGAACCUCAUGUGGAAACACAACAUGCUUCUGCACCGGAGGCUGAAGACGACCCGAGUCAACACGCCUACUCCGAGAUCAAAUUUGUCAGCGUCGGCUCGUCCCACAGCAGUUUCCACGGUGACGCUGAGUGUGUUAUCUACUCUGUUCCUCAGGUGGAAGCUAGCUCUGAUGAGCCCCCUCUGUACUCUACUGUUAACAACCCCCAAUAACUCUCACAGUCUGGCAGAAGAAGCUGGUGUGAAUUAAGCAGCCGUGUAAAUAUUCUGAAACAGAGAGAUGUUGGUGGGAAUAUGUACGAUUAUUUAACCAUUUACUUAUUUCAAACCUGCUUUGAAUGACCUGCUCAUGUGAUGAUAAGUCCAGCUCUGCUCUAGUUCACAAAUGUGCCGCUUCAACAGUUUGCUUCAGGUCAAAGCUGGUUGCACUUAUUGUACGUCCAUUUGGAUUAAAGCGUCAGCUAAAUGAUAUGUAAUUUAAUGUAAAAAGCUCUUUUUACAGCUUCAAUGUAUUUAUUACGUUGAUUUUAUUACAAUAUAUAUAUAUAUGGUAUUAAAGUUAUUUUUGUAAGAUAAACUGUUCUAGUAAAGUUAGCAGAUUAGCAUUGGGUAUUUUUGCUUCAAAUUACGGUUGACUAUUUUGGUUAAAGACUUGAUUUACAGAAAUGUUUAAUUAUAGCGGAAUAUAAAUAAAUUGAUAUGAAACUAUAUUACUUCAACCAGGUGAUGUGGUCAGUACGGGAUACAAGAUGCCACUCGCACAUAUGUAUAAUCCUUAUGACUUGUUUGUAGUGUUUUAUACUGUACAUAUAUUUGGAUUUGUACCAUUUUUAUGGAGUUUUAUUUUUUAUAUUGUAUUUUAUAUUCGACCUCUUCCUGCUCUGUACUCUGGAUAAUUUUCUCGGGAUAAAAAUAAAACAUUUCUGAAAUGUGUUCGACAAUAA